CGGUGAAGGGUACGGUGUUCAUAAGUAUUUUUAUUAAGUACAUAAAUCACUUUAUGAAUGGCUAAUCACCGAGCUGGAACGGGAACAAGAGCAAACGGAGACACCGGAGGAGGCGGACGGAAGACGGGAGACGCGCCUGUUGUUUAGCGACGAUUCACACGCACACAUACGCGCGCGCAGGAUUGGACUUUUUACACUUAAUUCCGUUUCUGAAAUCGAUGAAGGAGGGACGCUCGUGUCAGAAACUAUCUCUGAAAUCCGGCAUGGAGCCCAGCCAGAGUGUGAAGUGUAAGAUCGUGGUGGUGGGAGACAGCCAGUGCGGGAAGACCGCCCUGCUUCACGUGUUCGCCAAGGACUGUUUCCCCGAGAGCUAUGUCCCCACGGUGUUCGAAAACUACACAGCCAGUUUUGAAAUCGACACGCAGAGGAUUGAGCUCAGUUUGUGGGACACCUCAGGAUCUCCGUACUACGACAAUGUGAGGCCUCUCUCCUACCCGGACUCGGACGCCGUCCUCAUCUGUUUCGACAUCAGCCGCCCCGAAACACUCGACAGCGUCCUGAAAAAGUGGAAAGGGGAGAUCCACGAGUUUUGUCCCAACACCAAGAUGCUGCUUGUCGGCUGCAAGUCGGACCUGCGCACCGACCUGAACACGCUGGUGGAGCUUUCCAACCACAGGCAGACGCCGGUGUCUUACGACCAGGGUUCCAGCAUGGCCAAGCAGAUCUCGGCGCCCUACAUCGAGUGCUCGUCCCAGCAGUCGGAGAACAGCGUGCGGGACAUCUUCCACGUGGCCACGCUGGCCUGCAUCAACAAGAGCAGCAAGCAGGUCAAGCGCAGCAAGACCACCCGCGGCAACAAGAGGAUCUCACACAUGCCCAGCCGGCCCGACCUGGCGCCCGUGGCCUCGGACCUGCGGAAGGACAAAGCCAAAAGUUGCUCGAUCAUGUGACCGGUCAGACUUACGGGGAUCGGACUGAGAAUGAGGGCGGGGCGCCGUGCGAGCAGGAAGCCGUGGAUCGACGCUCUUUCCUGCAUGCUAAAGACCCCCCCCCCCCCCGUGUGUCCAGAAGGGGUUUUUAUCAGCUUCAAUUCAUGUCCAUGUUGCUGGAAUACUCUGCACCGCGUAGCAGCAUCCCCCACCCACGUGCCCCCCACCCCCCCACCCUGCCAGACGAGGAAGCUGUCCGUCAGCGACGCUACCUGCUCGGGAAGUGACCCGCUUCCUCCGGGGAAGGCGGACGCAGUCGAGUCUUUCCACGCGGACAGGAAACGAGCAGCAGGAGUGAUGUCAUUAGGAGAAGAAAGAGUUUAAGAGCAUGUGAUCGUUUGAAGGAAGGAGAGCCAAAGGCGUUGAUUGGGGGGGGGGCAGAUCAAAGACCUUUUGCUCAGAGGACUAAGUUUGGACCCGAUUCACUCUCAUGCCC